UGUUCCAUCUUUGCAUUUAUUGCGAUUCUUUCUCAACUAUUAUUCGAAUUGGAAUAGUUUUAUUACUUCAAUGAAAUCCAUUUUUUAUUUUCAAAAAGAAAAUAAAAGACUGUUUCGAUUCCUAUAUAACUCUUAUGUAUCAGAAUAUGAAUUUUUUUUGUUGUUUCUUCGUAAACAAUCUUCUUGCUUACCAUUAGCAUCUUCUGGAACUUUUCUGGAACGAAUCCACUUUUCUAGGAAGAUGGAACAUUUUGGGAUAAUGUACCCUGGUUUUUCUCGGAAAACCCUAUGGUUCUUUAUGGAUCCUCUUAUGCAUUAUGUUCGAUAUCAAGGAAAGGCAAUUCUUGCAUCAAAAGGCACUUUUUUUUGAAGAAGAAAUGGAAAUGCUACCUUAUCAAUUUCUGGCAAUAUUAUUUCUGUUUUUGGACUCAGCCGCGAAGAAUCCAUAUAAACCGAUUAGCAAACUCUUGCUUCGAUUUUAUGGGGUACCUUUCAAGUGUACCAAAAAUUUCUUUGUUAGUAAGGAAUCAAAUGCUGGAGAAUUCAUUUCUAAUAGAUACUCGAAUGAAAAAAUUCGAUACCAUAGUCCCCGCUACUCUCCUCAUAGGAUACUUAUCAAAAGCUCAAUUUUGUACUGGAUCGGGGCAUCCUAUUAGUAAACCCAUUUGGACAGAUUUAUCAGAUUGGGAUAUUCUUGAUCGAUUUGGUCGGAUAUGUAGAAAUCUUUUUCAUUAUCAUAGUGGAUCUUCGAAAAAAUGGACUUUGUAUCGACUAAAGUAUAUACUUCGACUUUCAUGCGCUAGAACUUUAGCUCGGAAACAUAAAAGCACGGUACGAACUUUUAUGCAACGAUUGGGUUCGGCAUUUUUAGAAGAAUUUUUUAUGGAAGAAGAGCAAGUUUUUUCUUUGAUGUUCACCAAAACAACUCUUUUUUCUUUCCGUGGAUCAAACACUGACCGUAUUUGGUAUUUGGAUAUUAUACGUAUCAAUGACCUGGUCAACCCUCUUAAUUAAUCAUUAGACGAAAUUAAGAAACAGGAAAGGGUUGAUAAAUGAUCAAGAAAAAACUUUUCUAUUUUUCAUUCUGAAAUGUUCUUUUUAUUAUAAUAAA